GAUUCAUACAGCUGGUGUUGACGGCCAUCAGCAGAAACGCCCAAUCCAAGUUCUGACUAAGAUCUUCCGUGCCUGACUAAAGGCCAGCUUGCCUCAAUCGGAUCUUUGUCAAUAAUAUCGCCCGACGCGCCCCUGUUUUCAUUCAUAUCUCGACCUCUCCCCUCUCUUGGUCUUCUUUACGUUUUACUUCCCCUGAUAGAGCCGCCGUAUUAUGCCUCUCCGGUAAUCUUUAUAACCGCCGGAUCCAUGAAGUCCAAAGGUCGUACGCUCAACAAGCGUCGUUCGAAACCGUCUCUCACACUCGCCACCGGUCGCGACGGCCAGGCGCAUGACGAGAUGAACUCCAACAUCGAGAUGCGGAAGAGGGAGACCUCCAGCGAGUCACCCCCCCAUCACCCCCAAACCCCCGCCAUGACCACCACCAGUUUCUCCAGCCUGCCCGUCGCCGAUCGCCGCAACUUCCUGCUGCUCUGCGUGCUGUACUUCCUCCAGGGCGUGCCCAUGGGCCUCGCUACCGGCUCCGUCCCCUUCCUCCUGAAACCCUACCUAUCCUACGGCCAGAUCGGCGUCUUCUCGCUCGCCUCGUACCCGUACUCGCUGAAGCUCCUCUGGAGCCCGAUCGUGGACGCCGUCUGGAGCCGUCGCUUCGGUCGCCGCAAGAGUUGGAUUACCCCGAUCCAGGUCAUCGCCGGUCUCGCCAUGAUCUACCUGGGUGGACGGAUCGAGGAGAUGAUGAAGGCGGCGGGCGCCAACGGCGGCGCGGGCGUCUGGAACUUCACAUACUGGUGGUUCCUGCUGGUGCUGUUCUGCGCCACGCAGGAUAUCGCGGUGGACGGCUGGGCGAUCACGCUCAUGUCGCCGCCUAACAUCUCGUACGCGUCGACUGCCCAGACGGUGGGAUUGACCGCGGGCCAUUUCCUGUCGUACACGGUGUUCCUGGCCUUCAACUCGGCCGACUUUGCAAACCGCUGGUUCCGCGCCGAGCCGGCCGAGGGCGGCCUGCUCUCUCUGGGCGGGUACCUGACCUUCUGGGGGUGGAUGUACCUGCUGGUGACGGUGGGGCUGGCGCUGCUGAAGAAGGAAGACCGGAGCUUGGAGCGCGACAGCAUCAUGGACGUGUACCGCAGUAUGUGGAGCGUGCUGAAGCUGAAGAACAUCCAGACGAUCAUCAUGGUGCAUCUGAUCGCCAAGAUCGGGUUCCAGGCCAACGACGGGGUGACGAGCCUCAAGCUGCUGGACAAGGGCUUCGGGCAGGACAACAUGGCGCUGGUCGUGUUGAUCGACUUUCCGUUCGAGAUCAUGCUAGGCUACUACGCCGGCAAGUGGUCGACCGAGUAUACGCCCAUGCGGCUGUGGUGCUGGGCGUUUAUGGGGCGUCUGGCGGCCGCCGUAAUGGCUCAGGUCACGGUGAUGAUCUACCCGGCCGCGUCGGAGGUGCCGUUCUGGUAUCUUCUGACGGUGAUUGGCGAGCAUGUCAUCUCGACGUUCAUGAACACGGUCAUGUUCGUAGCGGUGUCGGCAUUCCACGCACGCAUUGCUGACCCAGCUAUUGGCGGGACCUACAUGACAAUGCUUGCAACCGUCUCCAACCUGGGCGGUACAUUCCCCCGAUACUUCAUCCUCAAACUAGUCGACAUGUUCACAGAAGCCACCUGCACACCACCCAGCAUGGCGCCACCCGCCGACAAGCUGAAGGGCGACCUAGUGACGAGCAGCUUCUCCUGCGCGCUGGAGCCGGAGCGCGUGCGGUGCCAGAACGGCGGCGGGACGUGCACCACGAUCCACGACGGCUACUACACGACCAACAUCCUGUGCGUGGUGGUCGGCGUGGUGACAUUCUUCCUGUUUAUCCGCCCGGCGGUGGGCAAGCUGCAGGCGCUGCCGUUGCGCGCGUGGCGGUUGGUGGGGGAGAGGUCAUAGAUAGAUCUUUCUUAGGCAGUACAUAGAUUAGUGGCAUUGAUUAAAGUAUACUCCAG